UCGAGGGGCUUGUGAACAAACUUUAUAAAAAAAAUCAUGAUCCGGGAGAUGGAGGGCGGGGUCGGAAAUUUCCCACGGACUGACGCCAUGCGCGAUCCUGGCGGUGUCGCGGCCGCCCCUCAGGAGGAGGGAUCGUCUCAUUCUACAUCGUCAUCGUCAUCAUCGCCUUUGCCCGCCCUGACCUCGGCGCCGUCAUCAUUGUCUUUCCUUUCGACCACGCAGGACUCGUCCUCGUCACCCCCCUUGGGCCUGCUUCUGAAGUCAUCUCUGCCGUUCGCGCCUUUCCUUCCUCACGCCCACCCACCCACCAGGGAAGGCGAGGGCAUGGGCGUGUCUCAGUCUUUCAGAGUCAUCCACAGUUAUAUGGACACGUGGACGUCCGCUGCGUCCACGCGCGACGGUGCGGUCCAUUUGGAUCGCGUGUAUGGAGACGACGCCGCCCCGGCCGUUGCAGCGACGUCUGCGGGACCUGAGGGCGGGCGCGGCGCUCCAUCCCUCCCCGUUCAGUCCUAUGUCGCAUUUGACACAGAUCCGCCUCUGCGACAUUCGCCAGCCGUCCUGGGUCAGCCUGUGCCGCGCCCUCCGCCCCCUGUCCUUUAUCCGCCUCCGCCAUUGCCUGCUCCUGCCCAGAUUCCUUCUCUCUCGCAUGAGUCACCGGCGUCGGACUUCUCCUUGCCACUCCUCACGCCGACGCAGAACGGGCCCCUGUGUCACUCGACGCUCGCUGGAGAUCCUCCGUAUUCCUACCUCCUGCCCGGCCUGAAUCCUUUCCUGCCACGCCCCACGGCCGACCUAAACCCCCCUCCGCCGUGGCUGGCCCUUGCUCUGCCCCAGCACGAAGACCCGCACAAGCAAGGCGCUCCCAGAUCCGCGAGGAGGACCUCCCCAAGGCUUCCUCAGGCGCUCCCGGAACGCCCUUUGAGUAGCGAGCCCCCAGAUGAAGCGCCAAAGGGAGCUCUGGAACCCCGCUCAGGAAGCCCUAGAGACAAGGUCCAUCACCCUGAGCGGCAGGAUGGGCAGCCCCGAGUUUCUCCGCACAAAAAGCUCCACAUGGACGCUGUUGAAGGCCUCGAGGAGUCAGCGCGGGCCGUCACGAAAGCUGCUCCCGACGGGGCCUUCACGCAGGGAGUCACCGACCUUGCUUGCGACGUCACGAAUACGUCAUUUGAUGUCAAACCCUACAUGCAGUCAGGUCCAGCCUCAGCGGCCACCACGGGCUUUCUUCCCGGCGAGGACGCCCUUCCCGACCCGGCGGGCGCGGCGGCCCCGGGCGACGACUGCCAGUGGGCGGAGGACGACUCGGGAUGCUUCGAGGGCAUGAGCAGCUCCAGUGACCCCUCACGGCGCUCCGCGCUCCUGCAGCCCCUGCCGCCCUCGCCUGCCAGCGACUCCUUUGAGCUCCUCGCGUCCGUGUUCAAGGAUAGACUCGCCGAGGAGGUGGAUGUGUUCACCCGCUACAUGAGGCACAUCCAAGACGAGGGGCCGCGUCCUGUGAUCAGCGAAGAGGAUCAAGAGGAAACCAAGCAUUAUCAAUUGCUUCUUCAAUUGCACCACUUGGCUGCGAAGAUCACUAGGCUGCUGCUGCAAUAUUGAACCUCAACGUACUAUAUUUCUUUUCUUCUUUUAUUCACGGGAAUGCAAAAUACCCAUACAUUGUCUUUUUUGCCCUCGGUAAUUCCAACUUUUUCAAAUGUUUCCUAGUAUUGGUAUUGAACUUGAUUGUCAAUUGUUCAAUUCUUUCCCAGUAUUGCGAUGCAACUUUGUCAAUUGUUCAACUGUAAAUUGGGGAUAUUCAUCAGACAAUGCGUUACGUUUUUUUUCCCGCUUAUUAAUGAUCAUCAUGUUCUGUGGCCAUUUUUUCAUUUACUCUUUGCAAUG